AUGUAUUCUCAGUCCGUCACAAAUGAUCAGGAUGCUGAAAACACCAGACGUGGUCCUUCUUUUCUGUCUUGUCGGGGCAGCGAACGCCCUGUACAAACAGUGGAUUCCUGACACCAACUAUGAGAAUAAGACCAACUGGGACAAAGGAGCUGUUCCAUGUGGCAAUGACAUAGUUCAGUUUUCAGCACGAAGACAAGUGUCUGUGUUUGUGGAGACCACACACGCUGUGCGGGAAAUGAGGUUGCCAGUUGAUGGCGAGUUCAUCCUGAAUUCAGGAGCUGGAUUUUAUGUUUUGGCAGGACAAGAGCCAGGCUGCGGACAAGGUGUCACUACCCAGUUUAAAGACUCAGAGGCUCUGCAGUGGUUUAACCCAGCACUGUGGCAGGUGGCUGCAACUAUGGAUGACCUGCAGCAUGGAAACUUCCUGUUCUCAGUCCACGAGGAGAGUGUCCCUUGCAAGUAUGAUGAUGUGGUUUUUAAAGCUCUCUCCUCCUUCAGAGUGGACACCAGCUCCAGUCAGUCUAGCAUUCCCGUAAAGUCUGUCUCUGUGCAAGGGAAGAUGUUUGAUAGCAGUUCUGAGUUUUCACAGUAUCUCAGCUCACACUCAGGUCGGCUACAGUUUCACGGAUCCUCUGCCGUCACUGUUGGGAACUCAGGCUGCAGCGACCCUUCUGGCUGUGAGUGUGGGAACUAUGUAAACCAUCAGCGGAUCUGUAGCAGUGUAACAUGUGCCUCUUUGAACUGUAAGAAGCCUCUCCUCCCUGUAGGACACUGCUGUGAGGUGUGUGGUGCCAUCGUCACCAUUCAUUAUGCCACUGGUUUCAACCUGCGGACUUAUAGACAACGGAUCCAUCACCUUUUUCUUGUCCUGCCAAAAUACAAAUCCAUCCAGGCGGGCAUGUCCAAAGUCUUCAAGUCACAACGUUUGAUGGGGAUCAUCCCUUUUGGUUCAUCACCUGAGAUCCAGGUGGCUAUUCUGGAUGGAGAGAAGGGAACAAAGUCGGAAGCUCUGGCCCGGGAUAUAGUGAAGGAUGCCCGUUCUCAUGGCUCUAACCUUGGAAUCACUGGGGCUGAAUUUCAAGCCUCUUCUGGCAGCAGCAGCGAUCAGUCUGGAGGCAGUGCAGGGAUGGUGGUUGGAGUUGUGUUUGGAGUUUUAAUUAUGAUUACAUUCAUUAUCAUUGUGGUUUUCCUGAUUCGUAAGGGCAUUGUUCAAAUGCCAUCAAUGCCUUUGAUGCCAUCUCUGAGCAGCCUGAAGAGAAACAGUGGUAUUGGAGAACUUGGUGGGCCUGUGGACCAUGGGUUUGAUAACCCCAUGUUUGACAAGCCCGACAUGCUGCCUGAUAUUCUUGGUCGGCAUGGGACCGACACUACUAAUUCAAUCUCCAUGACUCAGACAGGGGUGUACUUUGUAAAUCCAGUUUUUGAUGAGAAUGAAACUGAUUUUAAUGCCUAAAGUGGACUGCAAUGAACU